AUGGAGGCGGUUCACGGGUUCUUCCUGCCGCUCAGGCCACGGCAGCCGGAGGCCGGAGCGGAGGAACGGGCCAAGGUGGUCUGGAUAUCGCACAGGGACGCGCGGACGUCCGAACCGCCCAUGUUACGUGACAUAUUCGUCAAUGAAAGGGCAUCGAUGUCACACUGGGUCAUGUUGGCACUGGCACUUCGCGAUGCUGGGCGCAUCGAGCAAUUCGAGACAAUCCUAACGGAGAUGGAGCAGAAGCUGGACGCGGGGGACGAAGACGCCGACGAAAAAUGCAGAGGAAGCAUAUACGCCGCCCUAGCUCUGCACAACAUCAUCCGGGUUGAGCAAGUGCAGCAAGGCGACGAGGAGCACACCAAACGCGUAGAUCUGACAAACCGCUAUGUGACGUACUGCAAACAGCAACCACACUUCUCGUGGCGUAUCGCCAUGGGCCACUACCACAUCAAGCGCUUUCUGCCCAAGCGACAGACCGACGAACUGAUGCGCGCAAGGGAGCACUACGGUGCGGCAGUGGCCAUGCGACCGCGCAGCAUCGUUGCCGCCAUAUACCUCGCGAACACCUUCGCGAUGGAAAACCAGCACCAAACCGCGGCGCUGUACUACACGAGAGCGCUGCUUCUCUGCAAACACAUUGGGAUCCUUAUCACGUUGCGAAAAGAAGCUGCGCAAGAGGAAACGCCGGAGUAUGAAUGCGAGUUGAGGCAAAUGGAGUUGCAAAUAACGCACCUCGAGGCACUGGUGCUAUUCGCACUCGCAUCCUGCAAGUUCUACGAGGGUGACCUCAGCGCGGCGAGGUCGCUAGCGGAGAAGUCCUUGGACACUGAAGAAACGCCCGUGGCGUUGCGCCUUAAAGCGGCCAUUUUAACGAGUUCCAUUUUCGAGGUAUCCACGGAGAGUGACGCCGAAGGCUCUGUGCCAUCGGCGCCGAACUCAGGGAGGGAGUCCAUGUUUUCUCUAAUCCAGCAGUGGAACGAAGCUUCGUGUAAAGCGUACCUGCUAGAUCCUUACAGUCCUCUGGGGCAGCUACAUAUGUGCGAUUUGCUCUUCAGACAGAACCGGAUAACGGAGUGUGAGGCCCGGCUGGAGGCGAUCGCGGCCCGCAAACUGUCGACGGAACUGCAGGCAGAAUUGGCGUACAAAGUAGCCAGAUGCGCUCACGCAAGGGGUGACUGGCAGAAGGCAGUCACUGGGUACAACAACGUACUCUCCAUUAGGGCGGAGUACCUCCCGGCUCGAAUACAGCUUAUCAAGGCCUCCAUCGGCGCCAAUGACCUCACGGCGGCCCGUGAGCACUGCGAUUACCUGAACCAGUACAACAAUAAGACUCCGGAGGUCUUGAGACUAAGCGCGCACGCAUACAUCGCAUCGGCCGCUGAAAUUCUGGAAUCGUGCAGGUCCAAGCUGUUUCAAGCAGAAACUAACAUUGAGGACAUAGACCUCACAUGCGCCAUGACCAACGUGCAGCAGGAUGUAAGCAGGCUGCUGGACGAGAGGCUCUUCAAGGCGCUGGGGAUACUGGAGGAGGCGCUUGUAGCCGAGCCGAACGACCUGAGGACAAUGGCAUACCUCAUAUACUGCCUCGAAAUGCUAGUAACGCGAGGGCGUGAGAGCUUGGGUCAAAGGCUGAGGGAAGUUUAUCAACGGUACACGGAACUGCAAAGCAACGCAAUGUCAAAAGAGAUGCGCAACAACGACGCCGUCAUGGCACUGAAGUUCAGGGACGUCGAUGAAGCGGUGGAUAAGUUCGAGGCACUGUGGGCAGAAAUCGAGGACUCCGAAGACACUUCUAUCGCAAUCAAACUAUCCGUGCAGUUCAAUCUGGCCCUUGCACUGGAGGACUCGGGAGAGUAUGCCAGAGCACACAAGAUCUACUCUACGCUCACCAAGGAAUAUCCCAGGUACACGGCUGCCUGGCUCAGGAAGAGUGCCAUGAUGUUCAAAAGAGGCGAUGUGGAACAGGCAUACAGAUACCUGGAUCAACUGAAUCAGCACCACGAACGAAGUCUGGACCCGUGGCUGUUCAAGGCGCACCACCUGUUCACCAUAGGCCGCUUCGACGAGUGUAUAGACAAACUGAGGAAACUCUUCAGGGCAAACACCGCGGCGAACUACGACGCUUACGCCAAUACGCUUUUCGCCUGCGCGCUCAUCAGGCGCUGCUCGAGGGGGGCAUCCGGUUCGCUGCCGCCGGAUGUGAUCCACUACGCGAGGGCGGGGCUCAGAAGGCCGGGACUAUGCAACUUCUACGCCGCAAACUGCAUCGCGGUGUAUCUUGCGCACGAGGGGCAGCUCAAAACGGCAUACGAAUGCUUCGGCAUUCUCCUCGAGAGUCUCGCCACCAGCUCGCACAUGAAAUACGUUGCGAACAAGAACAUGGGACUCUUCUGCGCUGCCACCGCGCUGGGCAACGAAAAGCGAACCGAGCGCGGGAAUUUUGACAAGCUGAGGGGUGCGAAAGCGCAGCAGCACUUGCAGGCGGCGCUGACCUUGAACAAGUUGGACGUUAACACGCACCUGGUGUAUGCACGUUUCACCUACGACGCCCAACGGUUGGAGGAAUGUGUCCAAUUCCUGGAAACGAGUCGCACCAUAUUCCCCGACGACAUCAAAGUUUUGUACAACCUGGUAAUCGCACUUGACGCCAAGCUAUGCAAAAACAUGAGGAACUCGGACAAGCUCGCAUCAGCUACCGAAGUGGCCAAGAUGCUCACGCAGGCAAACUUCGUCAAAGGCGCCUCAACGCACCUCAUCAGUAUACACGAGGAGUACCCGAAGAUGUCGAAGACCCACUUGCAACAGAUAGCGUCACGCGUCACAGACAAGCUCAUACCGCACAUGGAGAGCGCGCUACCGCAGCUGGAGGCCACUGCAACCGCCAAGCAACGCACCAAGGGCAAGCAUCUGGAGUUGCAGCUGUCCAUACAGCAUGCGCACGAGGCCAAGCGCCUCGAAAAGGAACUGGAGAAACAGAAGGCUCGCGAGGCCGAGAGCGCAUUAUCGGAGCAGUUGCUCAAAGAAGCGUCCGAAAUCGCGUCGGAACUCAUGUAUUCUAGGUCUACGCUCCCGCCUCAGGGCGGGGGUAAUCGUUAG